AGGAGUAAAGCCAUAAUGGCGUGUGUAAACAUUCUUCCGGUAUAUUUGGCCAUUAUUAAUGUCAUUUAAUCUUUUAAAACGAUAUUAUUGUUUUUUUUUUAUGAAUACAAAAUAACAAUAGAAGAACCCCCUAAAGAAUAAUUUCCAUCUGUAUAUAUAUAUAUAUAUAUAUAUAUUAUAUUGUGAAGUUACAUAGAGGAGGAACUAAAAUUUUGAAAACAUGGGUCGUCGUGGAAUGCCUGGUCGCCGAAGGCAACUAAUUCAAUUGGAUAAUGCUCCAAAAACAAGCUAUUUAACUCAAACAGGUUGUUAUCGACCUGAUGAUAUAUUUAUUGAAAGCAAAAAUGUUGUUAAAAGUAGUCUUUCACUUGUCUGUGAUUAUACUGGUUCUGACUCGGAGUCUGAGGAAGAAUCAGACAAAGGUGAAAAUGAUUCUACCUUAAACCGAAAUGGAGAUGAUGUCAAUUCUGGGAAUGACGCGAAAGAUAAUCUUCAUGCUGAAAUGCUUGGAAUAGUUGGAACCAAAGUAGAGACUCCAUCAGAUAUCUUUCGCCGGGAAUUCAAUGCUUAUCAGAAAGAAACUGCUGCACCUUCGUACAAUCGGGAGUUUAUUGCUUUCCAAAAAGAGACCUCCCCGUCUCUAAGUACUUCAAGUAAUGUGACUACAGAAAUGGUAACUACAUCGACAACACAAUCCCAGAAAGCAAAUGUCCCUCUGAAGGAAAAUUCUACCACAUCUGCGGAUUCAAAAACAGUUCCUGGCUCCACUGAAACACCAGAGAGUGUAUCAAAGAGUUCAGAUAUUGAUUCUCAAGUUGCUUCUUUCCUUGCUGAAAUUGAUGCUCUUGGAGAAGAUGCUGAAGUUAAGAAUAAAGAAACCGAUGCUGAAGAUAAGAACGUAGACCCUGUUGUUGAUUCUACCAAAGAUGACCAGUCUCUGGGAUCUGAUGCAAAGGAAGGCACCGAUGCCAGUGGAGAAGUUGUGUCCGUUGUUGCUAGUUAUAAAUCCUCGGGAGAUUCUAGUAGCGGUGAAGAAGAACCAGUUGUGUGGCCAGAAGAGCCUGUCAGUGAAUGGCAACAGUGCCAUGAUGAAAGCACUCAACACUACUAUUACUGGAAUAUCAACAGCAAUGAGGUGACUUGGGAAAUCCCUCCAGAGUUCACUCAGUACCUCCUCCUUUACAAGGAGUAUGAGUUAACUCUCAGCCGCUUAAUCAAAGAAGGCAAAACAAAACCAAAGAAGAAAAAAACCAAGUCUAAACGUGACCCGAAGAAGAAAAAUGGACAAGAUAAAUCUGAGUCCUCUGCAAUAUCGACAGAAGAAAAAACAGUAUCAGAAAGUGCAGAGUCAUCUGAGCUACAGCCUGAUAAUGUCAGUGAUAAGAAAGACAAAACCCUUUCAGAAGAAACAGAUGUCGAACCCAAGUUGGUCCAGGAGACUGCCUCCCCAGAUAUGACAGAAAACCCUCAGUGCUCGCCAGGGAAUUCAGAAAACAUCAACAACGAGGAAACUAUGGAAUCUGAUAGCAAGAUUUCUUCAGCUGUUAGCUCAUCACCAGCGGCUGAAAGUUUGGAAAUGACAACAGAUAAAUAUACAGAAGGAACUGCCUGUGCUGUUGAUGGAAAUGGUGCUCACACGACGAACAAUACCAACUGUAAUAGUAGUAACAGUAGUACUAGUAGCAGUAAUCCUGAAUCCCUAGCAUCCACCGUGAACAUAUCCGAUUUAACCAUAGAAAUGUGCAAAAAGAAAUUCAAAGCUCGAAUGCACAGAGAGGACACUACAUCCAACAAACAAGAACAGCAAGCCACAUUGGAAUUGAACCCUGAUACUAAUACUACUGUAGCUAAUAACAAAGAAGCAUCACCAGGUUCUGAUUCUGAGCAGAGCAAUAUUGAUAUUGAUGAGGUUGACCGGGAACUGGAAUUGGCGCUAGAGAGGAAAGUGAAUGAGUUGAGGCGGUUGGAAGAGGAGGAGAAACAAUGUGAGGUAUCUGAUCGGCACCACGUGAAAAGAAAACACAAGGAAUCAGACAGUGGAAGAACAGCGAGCAGGAACAGUUCUGAUGAAGAUUAUUGUAUGUCAAAACCUCCCAAGAAAAGUAAAACUCAUAAACAUGCAUCGAAAAGAACAAAAGAAAAGAAAGAAAGUUCCAGUUCUAAAAGAUCUGAAAGCAGUAAGAAGCGAUCUUCCCACAAAGAUCAUCAGUCGAAAAAAGAAUCUCGAUCAAAGUCAAGCAAAAGUUUAAAUUACAAGAGUCACUCAGAAGAAUCUUCGAAGAGUCAGGAGAGCAAUGAAAAGCUAAAGGAAACUGUGAUUUGAGGACAUAUUUCUUUG